CUUCGAAAAUUCAGAACACGCGUCAAUGUCCUGAAUGCCCGGCCGUAUUGACGCUAAAAGAAGUUCGCGAUUUAAAUACCUCCUGGGAAAAAGCACCUUUCAGAAUCGACAUUGAAAAUAUCUCACAAAUAAAAACUUCGGGGGG